AUGGCUCUGGAACUUGAAACAUACAUUCCUCACUGUGUCCCUGAGAAAAUCCUUGAUCUUAGCCACCAACUCAGCCUUGGUGUUGCAGGCAGAGCAAACAUCACUGGUACUGUAUGUGAUGACAAUUUUGACGACAAAGAUGCCACUGUUGUUUGCAAGCAGCUGGGAUAUAAAUCAGGUAUUGCUUUACCAGGAGGUAUCUAUGGAAAAGGUAAUGGUGUUAUUUGGUAUGAUGAGCUCAAUUGCUAUGGCAUUGAAGAUAGUAUUGAAUUCUGUAAAGGAAAUCCUCGAGGUAAACAUGACUGUGACCACAUAGAAGAUGUUAGUGUGCAGUGUUACCGAGAUGCAAUAACAACAACUACUUCCCCUACAACAACUACUGUAGCAUCAGCAACCACUGUGGCACCAGUCUGUGGCAAAGUACCUCGCCUAAUAAAGACCAAAUAUGCUGACAGAGCAGUUGACAAAAUAUCCUACUCUAAACUAGUUAAGGAAGACGCUGCAUAUGGCAGGUAUCCAUGGCAGGUGGCAGUUGAACGUAUUACUACAUAUUCGAAUCUUCACUACAGUACAGAAUAUUUUUGCGGGGGAACAAUCCUUCAUAAUGAUUGGAUCAUAUCAGCUGCCCAUUGUUUUGUUAUUAAUAUAAAACCACAUCCUACUAUUUCAGAUAACUCAUAUGAUUAUGAUAUCGCUCUAAUUAAAAUAGAGCCAAAUAAUAGGGGAAAUGGAAUUGUUUUCAAUGAUUAUGUACAACCAGCCUGUUUGCCAGACAAGAAUGCAACAUAUUUUGAAGGUGAAAGAUGUCAUAUUUCUGGAUGGGGAAACACAGGAAAAGCAUAUCCAUCAAUUCUCAAGGCAGCUAUUGUUCCAUUAAUUAAAGCUAAACUAUGUAAAGCAUUGUACAAGAACAGUAUUACUCCACGUAUGAUAUGUGCAGGCUACAUAGAAGGCGGUCCUGAUAGCUGCCAAGGAGAUGAUGGUGGUCCUCUGGUCUGUAAUAAAGAUGGAGCCUAUACACUCACUGGAGUAACCUCUUGGGGAAAUGGUUGUGGCCAGCCAAGAAAUCCUGGGGUUUAUACCAAUGUCCAAGAACUCCAGCCUUGGAUUGAGUACAUAAUGAAAAAACAUUCUUGAGAACACAAAUAAAUGCUAACAAUUGUAACUAUUCAGCUACUAACUACACUGCAAUGUCUUGUAAACAAGGUAACCUCCUCAUAAAAUCGAAAAUGAACAAAGAGAAUAAAACAAUAGCUUCAUUGAUUUCACCAAGCCAUAACUGGAAAAGGUUUUUUAGAAAUGCCAUGAAAAAUAAUCAAAAGAGAAAACUAAUAUUUUGUAAAAAGAAAAAUUUAAUAAAAUUCAGUCAAAAAUAA